AUGGUUAUAUAUUUGAUAGUGGGAGCUUUCGCUGAAGAUGAAAUCAAACGCGGCAUAUAUCCAUUCAUGGCAUUCAUAUAUUAUCAAGAUGAAACAAUCCUGGGACUGGGAGGGGGCAGGUUUCUACAAGGCGCCGUGCUCGUCCGGCCUAGCUUUUUGAUAUCGUCUUCGCCCGAGUCCACCAUCUCCAAAGACCCUCUCAGCAAGACAAUGCUGGCCAGAGUCGGGGCUACAGUCAUUGACCAGAAAUUUACGUUGAAUGAAGAUGAGGACGAGCAGGAACAAGAGGUCAUCCAAAUCACUCAACCUUUCGAACAUGACAGCAGCCAAUGGUGGCUCACGGACAUCUGCCUGUUGAAGACGCUGCAGCCUCUAGUGGCCACUAACGCCGUUCACUUCACACAGCUCUCUACGAAACAGGAGGCUGCUGAUAAAGUCUGCCACAUACUCAUUUACAAAAAAAAGAGCGGCACAGACGUCCGAGUGCUGACCCGUUUGUUCGUGGAGAUGCUGCCCACCUCGUCCGAAAACUGCGGGGAGCACUUCGUUCAUGGGACCAUGGCGUGUGCGGCCGACCAGGUCACCAGCGACGGAAUAAUGGCGUCUACGGACUUUUGUCAAGGCAACAAUGGCGGACCUCUCAUAUGCGAUAACGACGUGAUUGCGCUGCAAACCUACAUAAAGGAUGACUGCAAAGCGCCCCACUUGUAUCAACUCCUGUCACCGAGGAAAGUGUUUCUGGAUUGUGGUAUUGAUGAAAAAUGCGGCAAAGAGCAUUGCAAGCACGUUUGCUCCGUGAUUGAAAAGGAUGCUCCACCAACACCAACCGAUAGAUUAAAAGAAACAUCCCCAACGGAACUUGCAACGACCGAAUCACCUUCAUCAGAAGAUUCAGAAGCGACUACACCGGUGGAGCCCACUAAAACAAGCGAGCAGAAGGAAUCGGAAAAUUAUUCUCCCUUCUCCUUGUCAUCGACGAUUCUCACGACCAUUUCUGCAAGCACAAUUGACGCUAAUACUUCUUCUAAGUCGUGGCCAAAUGAGCGAGAUGGACGCAAGAUGAACGACGAGGAGACGGAUGCACUGAAUCGAACGGUAAGCGUAGAAGCGAAAAGCGCAACCGUCGACGAAGACACGCCGUCGCGUCGCAGCGGCACGCGUAGCCACGCAAGCGCUGACAACCUCAACCUAGCCAUAUUCCAGAGUUUCGUUUGCUAUGUCUUUAUAUGUAUUUUGUCAUAA